AACGACCAUCCUCUUUAUUCACCACGCUCGCAAUGUUUAUUUACACAGAUGAUUCGCCGUGGUUCGAAGAAGCAGGAAGUAACCGAGGUCAGAAGUCUGAGGCUAGUUUGCCGUGCAACAUUCUCCUGCCCACUGACGGAGCUCGUUCUAACUGGUUUCUCUUCACCUGGUCAUCGUCCUCUACCUCGCUCGUGCUAGCGAAUCGAGCCCGCGGGCUAGACUUCUUCCUUAGGGACUCGACCAGCUGUUCAGCUUUUUCUGUUUCUGCCUUGGGAUCCACUGCCACUGAGGUUCUGCGAUUGAUGGGUGAGGUUGAUCUCCGAGGGGACCGAAGGGGCGAGAGCCGUCGAGGACUUGAUGCAGCGCGCAGAAAUGACGAAGGAGAGGAAGGUUUCUCCGCUGCUUCCUCCUCCUCGUCCUCCUCGUCCUCCUCAUUGGUCUGAACUUCCUUGAGUAUCUGUGUCAAGCUGCG